UGUUACUCACAAGAUAGUCAACCUGCUUAAGCAGCUCUUAAUUACACGUCCAACUUUUUUUUAUUUUUUUUUUAUAAAUUUUGGGUGGUUUUCAUUUUUGGCAUUUUAAAGGUCCAUCCAACUCCAACCGCAUCUCUAUCCUUCUCCAUAUUAAUAUUUCUUUUCCUAUAACACUUUCACAACCUCCUCUAACUUGUUCUCAUAUAUCAUUUUAAAAAACCUGUGACUUCUUUUAAACUUACCCUUUCAACACCUCCAUACAUAUAUAUAUAUAUAUAUAUAUCCUUCUUUUCUCUGUUUUCUUCAUCUCUUAACUUAAAACUUAAUUUUUUAUUGUGGUGUGGGGCCAAAAAUGGCACCAUCGGAUUCAUUUUCCGGCAACGGCGAAGCCGGAGACAAUAGUACUACGACGAAGAAGCAGCAGCGAGUAGAAGAAGAAAAGAAGAAGAAGCAACAAAAAGUUUCGUUGCUAAAACUAUUUAGUUUUGCUGAUUUUCAAGACUAUGUGCUAAUGGGAAUCGGAUCCAUAGGAGCUUGUGUCCAUGGAGUUUCGGUUCCUGUGUUCUUUAUUUUCUUUGGCAAGUUGAUAAACAUUAUAGGGAUGGCUUAUCUCUUUCCCAAAGAAGCUUCUCAUAAAGUUGGAAAGUAUUCAUUGGACUUUCUAUAUCUGAGCAUAGCUAUACUGUUCUCAUCAUGGACAGAGGUGGCUUGUUGGAUGUAUACUGGAGAAAGACAAGCAGCGAAAAUGAGGAUGGCAUAUUUGAGAGCAAUGUUGACUCAAGAUAUUAGUCUUUUUGACACUGAAGCUUCCACUGGAGAGGUUAUCUCUGCUAUUACUAGUGACAUCAUUGUUGUUCAAGAUGCCCUUUCUGAAAAGGUGGGGAAUUUCAUGCACUACAUGAGCAGAUUUCUAGGAGGAUUCAUAAUUGGAUUUGUGAGGGUUUGGCAAAUUAGUUUGGUAACACUUUCAAUUGUCCCGUUGAUUGCCUUGGCUGGUGGUGUUUAUGCAUAUAUUGCUACUGGUCUAAUUGCCAGGGUAAGAAAAUCCUAUGUCAAGGCUGGUGAGAUUGCUGAAGAGGUGAUUGGAAAUGUUAGAACGGUCCAAGCAUUUGCAGGGGAAGAAAUGGCAGUGAAACAAUACACGUCAGCUCUGACUAAUACAUACAAGUAUGGAAGAAAAGCAGGACUAGCUAAGGGUCUGGGCCUGGGUUUCAUGCAUUGUACCCUUUUCCUUUCUUGGGCAUUGCUUGUCUGGUUCACUAGUGUUGUUGUUCACAAGAGCAUUGCCAAUGGCGGGGACUCUUUCACAACCAUGCUCAAUGUUGUUAUUGCUGGCCUGUCAUUAGGACAGGCAGCAUUAGACAUUUCUGCUUUCGUUCGAGCUAUGGCAGCUGCUUAUCCCAUAUUUGAGAUGAUUGAGAGGAACACAACGAACAAAAGCAACAGUAAAUGUGGCCGGAAGUUGAACAAAUUGGAGGGGCAUAUCCAAUUCAAGAACGUGUCUUUCAGUUACCCGUCUCGUCCUGAUGUAACAAUUUUCGACAAUCUCUUUCUUGAAAUCCCUCCUGGGAAGAUUGUAGCACUUGUAGGAGGAAGUGGAUCUGGAAAGAGCACAGUUAUAUCUUUGAUCGAACGCUUCUAUGAGCCACUCUCUGGACAGAUACUUAUAGAUGGGAAUGAUAUUAGGGAGCUUGACCUCAAGUGGCUUAGGCAGCAAAUUGGGUUGGUUAAUCAAGAGCCUGCACUUUUUGCAACAAGCAUCAGAGAAAACAUACUAUAUGGGAAAGACGAUGCCACUCUUGACGAGAUCACUCGUGCAGCUAAACUUUCAGAAGCUGUCACUUUCAUAAACAAUCUGCCUGAUAGGUUUGAAACUCAGGUUGGAGAGAGAGGGAUACAACUAUCAGGUGGACAAAAGCAAAGGAUAGCAAUAUCACGCGCGAUAGUGAAAAAUCCAUCAAUUCUGUUACUGGAUGAAGCUACAAGUGCAUUGGAUGCAGAGUCUGAGAAGAGUGUGCAAGAGGCCCUCGAUCUUGCCAUGGUGGGAAGAACAACUGUAGUGGUUGCUCAUCGACUUUCCACCAUUAGAAAUGCAGAUAUCAUUGCUGUGGUUCAAGAGGGGAAGAUAGUGGAAACAGGAAGCCAUGAGGAACUCAUUUCGAAUCCAAACAGUGUCUAUGCAUCACUUGUUCACCUUCAAGAGACGGCAUCUUUGCAACACCACAACUCGUUUGGUCCUAACUUGGGACGCCCACCAAGCAUAAAGUAUUCACGAGAAUUAUCCCGAACUACAACAAGUUUUGGUGCUAGUUUUCGUUCUGAUAAGGAAUCACUAAGCCGUGUUGGUGCUGAUGGGACAGAGACUGUCAAGCCCAGGUAUGUUCCAGCAGGAAGAAUGUACUCCAUGGUAAAGCCAGACUGGAUUUAUGGGGUGGUGGGUACGAUAGGUGCCUUCAUUGCUGGAGCACAGAUGCCCCUUUUUGCUCUGGGAGUCUCUCAGGCUCUUGUAGCCUAUUACAUGGACUGGGACACAACACGCCACGAGAUCAAAAAGAUUUCUUUACUCUUCUGCGGUGGUGCGGUAGUAACUGUCAUUGUCCAUGCCAUAGAGCAUCUUUGUUUUGGAACCAUGGGAGAGCGACUCACUCUUCGUGUGAGAGAGAUGAUGUUUUCUGCCAUAUUGAGGAAUGAGAUCGGAUGGUUUGAUGACACUAACAACACUAGUUCUAUGCUUUCGUCUCGUUUAGAAAGCGAUGCAACACUGUUACGAACAAUAGUCGUCGAUAGGUCUACGAUUCUGUUACAGAAUGUGGGAUUGCUUGUUGCCUCAUUAAUUAUAGCCUUCAUCUUGAACUGGAGGAUCACACUUGUAGUCUUGGCUGCAUAUCCAUUGAUUAUCAGUGGUCAUAUCAGUGAGAAACUUUUCAUGCAAGGCUAUGGUGGAAACUUGAGCAAAGCAUAUCUAAAAGCUAACAUGCUAGCUGGUGAGGCAGUGAGUAAUAUUCGUACUGUUGCUGCAUUUUGUGCCGAGGACAAGAUCGUUGACCUCUAUUCCCGUGAGCUUGUUGAGCCUUCUAGGCGUUCGUUUACUCGUGGACAAAUUGCUGGAGUAUUCUAUGGCAUCUCCCAGUUCUUCAUCUUUUCAUCCUACGGCCUGGCCUUAUGGUAUGGUUCUGUUUUGAUGGGAAAGGAGCUUGCUAGCUUCAAGUCUGUCAUGAAAUCAUUUAUGGUUUUAAUAGUGACAGCACUGGCCAUGGGAGAGACUUUGGCAUUGGCACCGGAUCUCUUAAAAGGGAACCAAAUGGUGGCAUCGGUGUUCGAGGUGCUUGACAGAAAAACUGAGGUAGUUGGGGAUGUAGGAGAAGAGUUAACAACAGUUGAGGGUACAAUUGAGCUAAGGGGUAUCCAAUUUAUCUACCCUUCAAGGCCUGACAUAGUGAUUUUCAAGGACUUCAAUUUAAAAGUUCGAUCAGGCAAGAGUAUGGCAUUGGUUGGGCAAAGUGGUUCCGGUAAAAGCUCUGUGAUAUCUCUAAUUCUCAGGUUUUAUGAUCCUAAUGCUGGCAAAGUGAUGAUUGAUGGGAAAGACAUCAAGAAGCUGAAGAUCAAGUCUCUCAGAAAACAUAUUGGCCUGGUUCAACAAGAACCAGCCCUCUUCGCAACAUCAAUUUACGAAAACAUCCUCUAUGGAAAAGAAGGAGCAUCUGAAGCAGAAGUGAUUGAAGCUGCUAAACUUGCCAAUGCACAUAGUUUCAUCAGUGCUCUUCCUGAGGGCUACCAAACCAAAGUAGGUGAGCGAGGAGUGCAACUGUCUGGAGGCCAACGACAACGCGUAGCUAUAGCCCGAGCAGUUCUAAAGAACCCUGAAAUCCUGCUAUUGGAUGAAGCAACAAGUGCUCUUGAUGUCGAAUCAGAGCGCAUUGUGCAACAAGCUCUCGACAGCUUGAUGAAGAACCGGACGACUGUCAUGGUUGCUCAUAGGCUUUCAACCAUAAAGAAUGCAGACCAAAUAUCAGUUUUACAGGAUGGUAAGAUUAUAGAGCAAGGGACUCAUUCAAAUCUGAUAGAAAAUAAAAAUGGAGCAUACUUCAAGUUAAUAAACAUUCAGCAACAGCAACAGAGACAAUAACAAAUUUGGAAAAACAUAUUAUCCAAAGUAUGAUGAUCAAAGAAGAAAUGGGGGGAGAGCUUUCUUUACUAAUGUACCUUUUGUAAUUUAUUUUCAUUUAUUUUUCUUUUUCACUAUAAUUUCAAUUUGAUAGAUUGUUUUUUUCCUUUUUUUUUUUUUCCUCAACCUAAAAAUAAUGAUCAUAUACAUGCUCAAGAAUGCUGCAAAAUAUUGCUCACA